AUGUCAUUUCAUCCCGCACCAAUUAAGACAAAGAUUUAUUAUUUACACAUCUCUGUCCCUAUCUAUCUAUCUAUCUAUCUAUCUAUCUAUCUAUCUAUCUCAGACUCAGUGAUAUUUGCAUCUAUCUAUCUAUCUAUCUAUCUAUCUAUCUAUCUAUCUAUCUACGACUGUUUAUAUCUAAGUCAGUACAUUUGCAUCUAUCUAUCUAUCUAUCUAUCUAUCUAUCUAACUAUCUAUCUCAGACUGUUUAUUUUAAGUCAGUACAUUUGCAUCUAUCUAUCUAUCUAUCUAUCUAUCUAUCUAUCUAUCUAUCUAUCUAUCUAUCUCAUACUGUUUAUAUCUAAGUCAGUACAUUUGCAUCUAUCUAUCUAUCUAUCUAUCUAUCUAUCUAUCUCAGACUGUUUAUAUCUAAGUCAGUACAUUUGCAUCUAUCUAUCUAUCUAUCUAUCUAUCUAUCUAUCUAUCUAUCUAUCUAUCUAUGUUUUUUUUACAGUUCCAUUAUAA